CUCUUUUACCAUCUCCCACUCACCAUAAUUCUCAUACCCUUUUCUUUCCUUCGCCUCUCUGUAUAAACAUGUUGAUGUUUCUCAUCAACCCUUGACGAAUAUAAGACGCUCUUUUUAUUUUUUGUUCUCCAAGAUUCAACGAGCUUAGUUCUUCUCAACUUGCAAAUUCGCAUUUUUCCCAGAAUCUUUUUCGUUUGGGACCUUUUCGUUUCUUUUCUUUUUCCCUUGCUCUGUUUCGCAGUAUAUACCGUUCGUUCGAUUGCUCAUGGCGUAUCAGCCGGUUCCGAGUGGUGUUCAGCUCGAGUUUGUGUACUCUCCCUUCGGAGAUACCACCUACACGAAGGUGUUCAUCGGGGGUUUAGCUUGGGAGACGCGGAGCGGGACGUUGCGCAGGCAUUUCGAGCAGUUUGGUGAGAUUUUGGAGGCUGUUGUGAUCACUGAUAAGAACAGUGGGCGAUCCAAAGGCUACGGCUUUGUGACUUUCCGAGAUCCUGACAGUGCCAGGAGAGCAUGUGCUGAUCCGACUCCGGUUAUCGAUGGCAGGCGGACAAACUGCAAUUUGGCAUCUCUAGGACGGCCUCAACUGCCUCUCUUUUAUGGACAUUUGAGACCAGCGACGGUGUAUGGUGGAGGUGUGCAUGCAACCAGAGGAACUGAUCUUGGAAGUUUUGGCUACCACCAACCCGUUUCCUACAGCUUCCAACAAGGACAUGUAUACCCUUGUCAUGGAUAUACAACAUAUGGGCCUGAAUACAUCAUGCAACCGGGUGUUUACAACCCUUACAUGGGUCAGCAGUACCUUCAGAUAUAUGGAGAUCCUAGGCCAGUUAAUGCAACUGUUAACCCUUAUGCACAUUGUGGUCCAGUAGUUCCUGGUGGUCAUGGUUAUAUAACAAUUCAGAGCUAUGCUAUACCGGGCCAUCAGAUUGUGCAGUACGCUGGACCCAGUGUAUAUGCAGUACCAACUUCACCCGCGCCGGCAAUUAUACAAGCAUCAUACCCAGCGGGUAUUCCUGCACCUAUUCAUGCACGGCCACCAUUUUUAGUGCCCACUCCUACUCCGCAAGGCAGUGGUCUUGAGAAUCAGACAGUUGGCUGAGGGAUCGGCAAAGGAUUUGCAGGUGUCUUCUGGUUCAGACGAGACAGGAAGCAGCAGAACCAGAACUUACAGUGGUGAAUUCGAUUUAGCCUUGCAUAUUAUCAAUGUCGCAUUCUAGAGGUCAAAGUCAAGUCAUCGUCAUUAGAAAUCCAAUGUCGAAGUAGUUUGAGCUCCUUAUGGAGGAGCACGGAAGACAGCACAUCGCUCUUCCUUCACGGUACCUUACUCUUCACGACUGCUCGUGCUCACCGGUAUCAUAGCGGGUGCGCAUGGGAUCCAUGGAUGCUGGAAGUGGUUUUCUUGCAGCCGAUGGACGUAUAAAUCUGUACAAGUGUCAUGCAUUGUUGUACUUUCGGUAAGUUCGAUUCUUUGCACCACGCAUCGAUAGAGGUAGGAAUUUCAUGGAAGCUGAAAGCAUUGCUCUAAGAAGCCCGACAAGAGCUUCAGGUGUUUCGAAGCUAAAAAUGAUUAUCUGGCCUUGAUUUGCUACAGUCUUCUUGCCACAAAUUAUCUUCAGCUCUGCCUGUAUUCGUUUAUGUUCUCUAUGAUUAUCCAUGUCAAUGUGCA